AUGCAAAAGGAGUACCUUCUAUUAUUAGGAGAUGCAAUAGGUUGUGCUGAUUCCGAAGAUGUGCUUUGGAUAGGAAAUACAAUAGCUGUAAAUACGAAAUCAUUGGAAACUAGUGGCGAUGUUUUUGUUGGACAAUAUGCGUUAACAAGUGGUUAUGAUCCUGAAUUUGAACAAUCAAUGGCGUUUCAAGGCGAAUUAACAUUUCUCAACGUGUGGACACGUGCUUUUUCAGCAUUAGAAGUGAAAAAAAUUCAUAGAGAUUGUUAUUUUAAAUAUUGUGGUAAUUUUAUAGCAUGGAUGGAAUUUUUUAAGGAUAUUAAAGGAAGAGUACAAAUUGAAUGGCCAUCUGGUAUUAGAGAUUUUAUUGAAAAUUGUCCCGAUCAAAUAUGGUUAAAUAAUGCAUGUGGAAAUCAUUGUCGAACAGCUGAAGGUCCUCAUUGUAAAAAUGAAACAGAUAAAAAUGUAAUUUGGCAUAAAGUCAAAGCUGGUGAAAUGAUAUCUCAAAAAUGUCCUGGAGGACGAACAAAUGGAACAAUUAAUAGAACAUGUCAAAAAAUGGAAACAAUUGGUAUAUGGGAUAAAGUAGAUUAUUCUACAUGUGCUUCACCAUUUAUUAUGAAUAUUUAUGAACAGCUUUCACCUGAUCGAGAUUUUGUUCGAAAUCAUAAAGUUCAAAAUAUAUUAGAAAAAAGUCGAUUUGUUUCUGAAAUAACAGGAUUCAAUUUAACAAUAGCAAAUUUUUAUAGUUCAGUUGAUUUAACAUUGCUUAUUGAUCGUAUUGAAUAUUUAACGAAUUCAUUGACUAGUCAAUUUUCAAGUUAUCUUGAAUGGUAUGCAUCAUCAUAUGAAAAACUUUUCAGAGCCGAUAUUGAUAAAACAUUAGAAAUUCAUCAGCAUUUGGCUUAUACAAUAUCAAAUAUACUUGAUGAUGAAUAUAAAACAUUGUGGGAUGAAACAUAUCCAUUAGGAAAUGAAUUUAUUCGUGUUUUAACAUCAUUACAACAUCUUACAACAAUUGUCAUACAAAUGAUUGUUAAUAAUACAACAAUAUCCAAUUCAUUAUCAUUAGGUUUUUCUACACCCACAUUUAAUAUUACGACAAAAAAUUUAAAUCAAACAAUAAAAAUAAUGACAUUAAAUGAGCUUAAAACAUUUAUAUAUUUAAAUAAUGAAACAAAAAUAAAAAUAACUUUUCCAUUACCAACAAUAUCACCAACAACAAUGACAAAAUCUAAACAUCAAUUAAAUGAUGAUAAAGUAUUUCAUUUAAAAUAUCCAUUUAUCAAUAUGAAUAUAACAAAUUUAUUUCCAGAUGAUAAUAAUUCCAUAUAUAUUGUUACGAUUACAACAUUUCGUACGGCACAUAUUUAUAUUCCAAAUCUUCGAUUAGGAAGAGUAUCAAAAUUUGAUAAUAUAAAUAGUCAUAUGGUUUCAAUUGAUGUUAAAAAACGAAAAUUAUAUCGUUCAAUUUUGACACCAUUAUUAUCUGUUGAAAAUUUACCAAUACUAAUACAAUUUGGUUUUAUAAAAUACGAUAAUAUAUCGGGAAAUCGUUGUAAUAAUUUGAAUAUGACACUUUCAUCUCAAACAACUACUCGAUCGUCACUAUUUCGUCAAUGGGAAUGGCAAAGUUCUUUUUGCAAUUUAGCUGCUGGUGGUGUACAUGAUAAAAUAACAAUAAAUUAUCCUCAUAUUACAUGUAUUUGUGCAAUUUCUAAUGGAACAUUUGUUGUUACAAGUGAUAUGUUUGAUCCAAAUUGGCGUCAACCAUUUCAACGAAUUUGGCCAUUUGGAUUAUUUUCUUAUCUUGGCUCUGUAGUGUUAAUGUCUUUUAGUACAUUUACUUUAGUUAUGUUAAAUUACCUCAGAGUUCAUUCUUCGGCAGCUUAUGUCCAUAAACAACUUGCAUUAUGUGUUUGUCUAUCUCAAUGUUCAAUGAUAGUAUCUGUAAAUGGUGUAAAAAAUCAAUUUAUGUGUCAAUUAAUAGGAGCACUAUCUCAUUAUUUCAUUCUAACUGCUUACUCUUGGGUAAUGAAUGAAGCAUUUAAUUUAUAUAUUCAAAUUACAUAUACGACUCAUCAAGCAGCUGGAGCUAAUGCAGCAUUAGAUGCUGAAAGUUCAAUAUGGCGAUUUCUUACAAUGGGUUAUGGAAUACCAUUGGGAAUUAUCAUUUUAUUAUGGUUAACAAAAAAAUCAGCUUAUCUAAUGCCAACAAAGACAAUGUUGUGUUUUAUCAAUAUUGAUGAUUGGAUUACGAUCAUGGUGAUGAUAUUUGCUGCUAAACAACAACAUGAAAGUGCGUAUACAAAAAAUGAAAAAGCAAAUAAAGCAAUUGGAACAUAUACGGGAGGAAUUUGGACACAAUUAUUUUUAAUUACACUUAGCUGGACAUUUGCAAUAUUAUCAUUUACUCAUAAUGAACCAAUUAUUAAAAUAUUAUAUUGUUUUUUUACUUCACUUCAGGGUAUUUUUUUAUUUUUAUCAUUUUUUUUAUUCAAUGAUGAAGUAAGACGUCAUUAUCGUGAAAAACGAAGACAAAGACGUCGAAUACAAUUAAUGGAAGUUCCUUAUCGUGUACAAUCACUUAUUUCGGGUACAGGUGAAUGUGAUGUAAUGACAGAUGAAGAUGCAUAUAAAUUUUUAGCCAUUGAAAAUUUAACAUCUAGCGAAUUUAUUCCUAAUGAAACAAAAAAAAUACAAAUAAAUUCAAUUGAUUUACCUGCACCUGCAACAGCAGCAACAAAUUUUUUUCAACAAUUAUUAGUAAAGAAACGUUUCGAACAACAACAACAACAACAACAACAAAAACCUAUGGAAAAUUCACAUGAAAUGAAAAUAUUGACAUCUGUACGCAAACGUCAAUCAAAAUGUGAUUAUAUUGAUAAUGGACGUGAACGUGCAACUAGUCUCAUAAUUGAAAAUAAUAUGAUUCAAGACGAUAAUUUAAUAAAACAAGAAGAAAGAAAAUUUUCUCAUCUUUCUUCAUCAUCAUCAUCACCAAACAAAAGUCAGAUAUAUUCAAAUGUAAAUGUAAUUAGAGAGACUACUGAUAACGAAGAUAAUGAUUCAGAAGAAUAUACAGAAGAAGAAUUUCGAGUAACUGUUGUAUAA